GCGAGAUUUCUUGGCCUCCCCUGUCCAAAGAGGAAAAGAAGAACCGAGACCUCGUGAGGACAGCAGCAGGCCAGCAGCAGCCCUGUGUGCCUGUGAGAUUGUGUGCGCGAGCCUGUGUUGCCAUGGACCAGCGUGCUUCCGUAGGUACCACCCAUCCACCGUCGAAUACCACCGCAGUACAGUAGGGCACCAACUAACGCAGCUAGGGGGUCAAAUCGGGUAAAGCAGUUAUUUAGCCCGCUUUUCAAAAAUAGAACAUGGGAGCAAUCACGAUCGGAGCAUGGCUUUGCACCACACGCUGACCCAUCGGCCGGCCUGAUAUAAGAAUUUGCCCACUUCUCUCUCGACGUUCCAGUUUGGUCUUCUCAUCUGCAGGCCAAGAUUGAAGAGAAGGAUAGUGAGAUCCAGGUGUCGUCCAGUCCAGUCCAGUCAACAAAUCUUUUCCCUCUCUCCUUUAAUUACACUCAUCCUCACGCUACCCAGUCUUACGUCUCUCGAAGUUCACCAUCGAGCCAACUUCCGAUCCCAGUUCACACGCAAGCCGGCCUUGCUCACGAUUCAGUCUGUCAUUCGACGAUACAAGUAAUUUAAUAAUCUGAUACAAGAAGAGCUUUUGGGUAUAAGCCCCCUAGCGAUUUGCCCCUGGGACCUUCUGGACCGACGAGAGGAUAGAGAGGCCCUGGCCAUUUCUGCCCAUUUUCCUCGGCCUAGCUGAAGUUCACCACCCCUGCUCCCGACCACCCCCUCUCCGCUAGCACCCCCCACCAUCCACCCCCCUGGGUCCCGGUGCUGUGCUCCAUAACUCCUCCCCAAAGAGGUACUUCCCAUACAAGAAGGGUACAAAUGUCGACACAGUCCCCCAACCACCACGAAGACAUCACGAAGACAUCCUCAGUCAACAUGACGACCACAACAACAACAACCAAGACCAAGGCGGCCGCAAAGGCAGGCACCAAUGCCGCGCCCAAGCAAAAGACACAGAUGCAUCGCCGCUCAAGGACAGGAUGUUACACAUGCAGGUUGAGGAGGAAGAAGUGCGAUGAGGGUUCUCCCAUGUGCACAGCUUGCAAGCAUCUUGGGCUAUGCUGCGAAUACAAGAGGCCAAUGUGGUGGAGCAACAAUGAUGCGCGGAGGAAGCAGAAGGACGAAAUCAAGAUGAUCAUCAAGAGGAAGAAGCUUUCGGAGAAGUCGUCGCACACCAUCCAGACUUCAAUCAACACUCCACCUGGACUCUCGCACUCGCUCCCGACUUCCGCGACCUUUUCAGACCCGCUUGAUCGCAACAGGUCUGCUUCCAUUGACUCGCAUUUUGGCUUCAACUUCAAUAGCCCCCAGCACGGCCAGGAUUUCGCGGCAUUUGCGACACCACAAAUACACGUCAAUGGCGAGUACAUGUUCCCACCCUUCUCUCCCUAUGAGAUCGAUAUGAAGACAGAGCGGCAAAUCUUCAUCAACGAUAUUCCAACCCUUCGCGAAUCGACAGUAUCAACCUUUAGCACAUAUCAGACCCCGCCGCCUCCGGGCACAAUUCUCCCGUCAUUCCCUCUGGAAGGUGAAUGGACCGAGCAGGUGUUCUCGGAGCGGAGGGAGUCGUUGACGGAGGAGACUUUUAAUGCGAACUUCUUUGACUUUGCCUGCGAUCCGGCCAUGGCUUCUUCACAAGUAGCAAUUGAGCUGGAUGACGGCGAUCAGAAGCUCCUCGAUCACUUUGUUCAACAUGUUCUCCCAACCAUUUUCCCGAUUCUGGAAUCAAACCAGCAUGGCUCAAUCAGUUCCGAGCUUGUUCUCCCAUCACUGGCCAACAACAAGGGUUACCUGCACUGCUGCUUGAGCAUUGCGGCGCAACACUUCAAGUCUACGAUGGGUAUUCAGAACGAGGAGAUUGACAAUGACAUCAUGCGUCACCGCUAUGCCACCAUCACCUGGCUAUGCGAGGCGCUCAAUCGCGAUGAGAACCACCAGCCAAUUCUCGAUGCAACUCUUGGCUUGAUCUUCUUCCAGUGCAUAGUUGGCCGUCCUGAGGACACUCUUCCCGAUAUUCCCUGGCACCAGCAUUUCCAAGCCGUAGUAUCGCUCGUGCAAAAGCUGGAUCUCGCCGGACUUGUUUCGGAUAUCACCAAGCCACUGGCACAUACACCAUUUAACAUGACUCUUACGUCGUGGAUUGACAUUUUGGGCGCCACGAUGCUAGGCAGCUCCCCCUUGUUCGCGCACACCUACCGCAACAAACAUCUUUCGAUCAACAACCACUCGCUCGGCUUGCGCGAACUGAUGGGCUGUGAGGAUCGCGUUAUGUAUCUCAUUUCGGAGAUUGCUUGCCUUGAGUCGCUGAAGAAUCAAGGCAUGGACGACAUCACACUUUGCCAGCACGUCCGUGGCCUUGGCGACGAAAUCAGCAACACCGAGGUCAACGAGGGUACGCUCGUCGAGCCUUACAACGCCAACGGGACUCUGAGCCCCAAGCAACUGAGCAAGAACAUCACGGCCGCCUUCCGUCUUGCUGCUCGCAUCUACCUCUGCAGCCUCGUCCCGGGCUUUUACCCUGCUCAGCCCAGCUGCAUGGGUCUCGUGGAGAAGCUCACCGCGGUUCUCCAGCUGAUCCCCUCGGGUGUCAACGGGUACGACCGCUCACUCACCUGGGUCUACUUGAUUGGUGGAUCCGUCAGCGUGCCCGGCUCAUCUUUCCGCGACUUCUUCGAGAACCGCGUCGCCCAGCUCGGCGACGUGGCCAACUCAGGCAGCUUCGGCCGCAUGACCGUCCUCCUUCGCGAGGUCUGGCUUCAGUAUGAGGCGAUCCUCGCGGCGGCGGAGGCGGCCGCGGGCACUUCUUCUUUAUCUUCUGAGACCCCACAACAACAGCAGCAAGUCAACGCACAUUACGUCCGCUGGCGGGAGGUUAUGCAGAUCAAGGGAUGGGAUUACUUGCUUAUCUAAAAGAGAAAAAAAAAGAAAAAAAAGUCUAUUCACUUUCUUCCCCAGGCUGGUUGACUGGCGGGAAGUGAAACCCAACCGAUCUGCAUGCGAUACUUGAAGCUGUUUAGGUGGCUGGAAUCGGCCUCCUUUUCAAUUGUUUUUUGCCCUUUUCUUUCUUUUUCUUCUACCAAUAUUUAUACAACCAGAACUCCGAGAGUUCUUUUUAGAGGUUGCCGCGAGGCAAUUGAGACCCAGGGAAAGGAAAAUCGACUUCUACUAAAAUGACGACGACACACUACUGGUUAACAUCAAUGGAUGGAGGGAAACGUGAGGAGGAACGGUUUCGUAAAGGGCGAUGAUUCAUUUUCGCUCUCUUGCAACCUUUCUGGACUGGGGUUGCAAUCGAGUAGUGAGUGGCAUUACGUGGCCUUCCACCCAUUUUGGACUGCAUUUUCUUCUUUCGUUCCACUCUUAGGAGGGACACAUUUUAGGGAGGCAUUUGGAUUUGCAUAUCACAUGGAGUUUUAAGGGCGGUAGCAUACCCAUGGCUGACCGGAAAGGGUACCACGGAUUUGUGGGCGGGAGGGGGAAAAACGUAUGUAACUGAACUAUGAGCCGGGUUUGUCAUGGCUGGAAAGGAAGGAUUAUACCCUGUGAAGGAGGAAAGAUGGAAAGAAUUUUAACAGAUCAAAUGAAGUUGAAGAACGACACUCACUGUUCAUCACUUUAUGUUCUCCUCGCUUGUGACUUGCUUGUUCAUUGCCGCAUUGUUCUGAAGAGAAGAAAAAAAAGAAAAAAAAAAAAACAAAGAAAAAAAAAAAAGAAGGGAAGAUAUCGAAGUCGACUGCACAUCACCGCAUGCAAGACAACACAAACAAUGCAUUGGACACAAUGUUCUUGUUCUUGCUCGGAUGGGACCUUCUGCUUUUGUCUAUUUCGCCCGUGUCCUUAUAAAUGCCAUUGUCAUUGCGUCCCGCUUGCUGUGCUUCGUUCGUUUUUUUUUUCUCUCAGUUUGCACAAGAGAGAAGAGAAGCGUGCAAAAAAUGCAACAUGGUGCUUACAUGGAUGGUGGUGUCGUUGUUACAAAUGACUGAUGGUGUGUACCUUAAUGGCAGGAUGUGUUGCGUUGCGUUUCCUUAGGUGGGGGUAAGUUAUUUCUUUCGUCGUAGCCCGAGAACGGUGGUGGGAAGGAUUGGAUGAAGACCAAGACGGUCAGAACUUCCAUCGAUGAGAUAAAAGUUCCCAAGCGUAAAACUAACAGUUCCCAUAUCAUUCCAUCCGGUGAGGGACCUUGCGUGGUUCGUAAGUUUUAGCCUAUAUCCAAUCCCCCAUCCCGACCGACCAUUGCCAUUUCGAAAAUGACAACUCCAGACGAAUGAUCACCCAUCCCGCCUCAGCCGUAAACCACUCACUAUCUACCAGGUACCUACCUCUAGCCAUCCAAUCACCCCGCGCACCA